GGACUUCUUUUCAGGGGAUUCGAGAUUAUGGAUCCUGCGUCUCGUCGGUUGGGCGGCGGAUUAGUUGGUUGAUGCGUUGGUGGGUUGGAUUAAGCCACUUGGGUUCGCUGAUGAGAGAGAAGACGUGAGGGGGACCAAAGGCGCAAAUUCAAAUGAGCUUUUCUUGCAUGAUUCCGAUCCGAUCGAUAUAAACCUGGCAUGUUUUCUUCUUCCUCUUUUUCUCCGUUUUUCUUCACAAAUUCAAAGAUUAAAUUUCGGAAAGAAUUUCCCCUUCUUCUUCUCUGUUCCUCUUCUUGUUUUUGUACGCUUUUUUAUAUUAUAACUACCUACCUAGAUGUUUUCGUUUGUCGUCGGGUUUCAGGGGGGAGGGGGACGUUGUAUCCGCUCCAUCAUCUACACGCUCAUACCACCCACCACAUCUCUCCUCUCUCGUCAUCGUCACCUAGUCGCCUGUUCUGGGGUUUUCUUGUUUGUACAAUGUAUGUGUUAUCUUUAUUUUUCCUCUCUCUGGGAUGAGAAUGGAACGGGAAGGCAUAUAGACGAAUCGAAUCGAAAUACAAGUCAACUCAAAUCGAAUUAAACAAAA